AUGCCCUUAGAAAAACAUCGCAAGUCUGCUUUCUCCAAGAACAAAUCAAGAAAAAACUCUUUGACAAACAUCAGCAAACCCACUUCGCUUGAUCAAAGAGUCAGAAAGAGCAGGAACAACACCAACGCAAAUAUCGCCAGGUACAACAGUGUUCUCGCCAACAUUAACCAUACCAACAACACCAACAUCAAUAUCAGCAAUAUCAGCAAUAUCAGCAACACCAACAACAUAAAUCCUCAAACAUCACAGGUAAACGCUGACACCUUAAAGGAGAACAAAAUGGGCAAUAGUUUCACCUCCAUCAACAACACUCCAAACAAUAUAAACCAUAUCAACCUCAAUACCCAAAAUUACAAUGAUCCAGAACAUAUCGCUUUCAACCACCAAAAUGACCACUCAAAGGAAAUCCACAAGAGAAUCAGAGAGUUCACUCAAAGAGAUAACGUUUUUCUCAACAACAAUGCUCAGUCAUCUUUAUUCCAGCUACUACUGAAGAACCAAAUCCAAUUACCAAAAAUCCAAAAUAUCAACCUAAAUCCUCUUCCCACUACUUCCUACGAUUAUCCCCAAAAUAAACCUUUUCAACCUACAAAUCCUUUAAACGCCUACAACCUCUACUUGAAUGACAUUAUAAACAUUGCAAACCUCAACUUGAACUUGAAUUUGAACCUCAAUGUGCCCUUUUAUGAAAACCAAAUCACAAACAUCCCUUCCUCCUCUUCAAAACCUGAUCCUUCAAAGGACCUAGAUUUCUACUUCAAAUACUUAUCUAGGCAAAAACAAGCUGAAUUUAAAGUUAAACAGGAAAGAAUCAAACAGUUUUUACAAAAAGAGAAAAAAGUCUUACAACAAGUUGAAUUAGAAGAAUUAAAUAAAAUUAACAACAAUAUCAUUAUUACUGCUCCUACUAAUAAUAUUACUACCAAUAUUGCCAAUACUGCCAAUACUGCCAAUAUCACUAAUAAUAAUACAACCAAUACUACAACUAAUACUGCUGAUAACAAUAAUCGAGAAUCUAGUUUGCCACAUUUGGUUGAAAAUUCUAAUGAUCCCAUUGAUUUUGCUAAACUUUCUCAAAAUGAAAUCCCACCAAUUUCAAAUCUCAUUUUACCUAACCAAAAUCCAAUUGAGAAUGAAAUCAUCACUCAAAAAAUUAUCGCCUCUUUCCCAAUUAAUAAAAACAAAUCCUUCCAACUGUCUCAAUCCUUAUUCACUAAUAACCGAAAUAAUCUCAACCUUAAUCCACAAUACCCAUACCAACAACCCCAACUUCAAUAUCAAUACCAAACACAACACCAAAAUCAGUUUGACUUCCAACCUCAGCCUCUAUACCAAUAUCAACAACAAUAUGACCAACAAAACCAAAACCAAAACCAAAACCAAAAUCAAAAUCAAAAUCAAUACUCUAAUGCCCAACUAUACCAACAGGCUAACCAGUAUCAGAUACAGCAAUACCCAGAUCAAAAAAAUAUCCAACAGUCUUAUCAACAAGCCUACCAACAGGCUUAUCAACAAUCAAACCAACAGUCUUACCAACAAUUAUACCAAAGUAACCAAGAAGCUAAUCAAGAAAUUUAUAGAUAUGCUUCCCAGCUCCAAUACCAACAACCAUACCAAUACCAAUACCAAUACCAAUACCAAUAUCAGCAACUGCAACCUCAACCUGAUAUUCAAGCUCAAAUUCAAGCCCAAGCCCAGCUCCAAUCUCAAAUCCAAGCUCAACUCCAAUCUCAAAUCCAGUCCCAAAUCCAGUCUCAACUCCAAUCCCAAAUUCAACCUGAUGUUCAACCUGAUGUUCAAGCUCAGUUUCAAUCUAAUGCUCAAGUCGAUUCUCAAAAUCAGCAACCAUUUUCUCCUUCUACUUUACUAAAUAAUCAACCUAUUACAAACCCAACUUCAGAGGUAACCCCUGUCAUAACCCCUGCAACAACAACACCAACAACAUUUACAACAACAAAGACCGCUUUAAACUCUCAAGUCAAUAUUUCAAAUCUCCAAAUUAUCUCCCAAAACCAAAAUCAAAAUCAAAAUCAAAUUUUGUCUUUUUGCAAAUACAAACCUCGAUACCAAUAUCAAUGUCCAAAUCAAACUUCUGAUUUGACUCAAGCACAACAAAUACCACUAAUGCCUUCAACUCAACUUCAACAACAGAAACCAGAACAAAUUCAGAAUUAUGAUAAAAAUCAAUACCAAAAUCAAAAUCAAAAUCAAAAUCAAAAUCAAAAUCAAAAUCAAAAUCAAAAUCAAAAUCAAAAUCAAAAUCAAAAUCAAAAUCAAAAUCAAUAUCAAUAUCAAUAUCAAAAUUUUCAAAGUCCACCACAAUAUGCUAUUCAAUACACAUCUAAUAACCAAUUUUUUCAAAAUCUUGAAUUUCAAACUAAUAAUCAAAUGAAUCAAAAUUAUUUGUUUGAACAACAAAAUAUUCAACCUCAGUCCUAA